UCAACGUUUUAUCAUUUAUCUAAGCCGAGUUAUAUGCAAAAUAAAAAAAUAUUACACCAGUACGGAUAUGCGAAAUUUGGAAAAAGAAAAAAUGUCACUUUUCUUCUGAUACACUUUUUAUACUUUAAACUACAUUUGAUGGUCAAUGUAAAUAUGCCAAAAGAUGCAGCGCAUUCCGGGCUUUCUUCCUAUAUAUAGGAGGUUAAUAGAUAAAAAAGUAUAUUGACAAAAAACAAAAAAUUCGAAGGGUAUACUUUCAAUGUGCGUGGACUGUAUAUAUAUAUAUUCAAGAAUAAGCGUUCCAUGUAAUACAUGAGAAAUAUUUAAAAUAUCAAUUAAAACAAUGUCAUUUUGAAGUUAUCGAGCAGUUUGUAAUGUUUGUGGAGUAAUUGUAGUUGUGUAAUGUGGAAUUCGGACUGUUUCCUUUAUUUUCAACCAGAUGUCGGGUGAUGAUCCAAGACAUACGAAUGGCAUCCAUAGAGUAGUAAAAUUACUAAUAAAAUAUAUAAACAGUUCAAAUUGACCAGUCGUACCAUACGGUAAGCCAAAUGCAUAAGCGACCGCAAAAGCUUUCAGAGGAAGAUUGAAUAGAAGAAAUAAUGCUGAACAUGACAUCAAUUGUAUAAUCAUUCUUCGAUAUUUUUUCCAUUGUAUUUGUUGACGAAGACGUUGUUUUUGUUUAAUAACACGAAUAAACAAUAAAAUAUUGAAGACACUGAUUAAAAGAGACGGUAAAACACCAUUGAUCAAUGUAUCAUAUAGUAAGAGAAUGUUGUAUGCAAAAAGAAAACAUGGAAAAAGACACCAACCUUGAGUGUAAUCAAAUAUAUUUUCACAAGGUAGAAAGAAAAUACAAAUAGUGUAGAAAAUAAAAGAAUAUAGAACGAUUGUUGUCAAUGGAAUAUAAUGAAUAAAAAUACGUUUCUUUUGAGUGUUUAGCCAUUGAUUGUGAAAUACUAGAAUAUGUCUCUCAAAUGAAGCCCAAGCCAUCAACAUACCAAUUAUAUUGAAGUUAGCUGUACCUACAAACCACCAAACAUAGCAAUUGAGCGGUGUUUGAGGCCAAACAUGGCCUAAACGAAAAAAAGUAAGAAUGUUUGGAAUAUCAAUGGUCUGAGAAAAAAGUCCAACGAUGAGAAGAAUGGUGAAGACAUGAUUAUUCAAACAUUGUCUUAGUGUUCGAUCAAAGCAAAAAUAAUAGAGUAAAACAAGAGAACAGAUAAUAGAUGGAAUUUCAAAAAUAAGAAUAACCCAAAAACGAGCAGCUGAUGAUAGAGAUAUCUCUGACAUUGCAUAUGAUGAGGUGUGACUGUCUUCAGCACCACCAAUGAAACUAUCGUUCGAGAAAUUGGUAGUCAUAAUCUAUUUGUAGAAUGGCGGCGUUCAAAGAAUAUAUUGAAAAACGAUCUAUUAUUUGUACACUAAUAUUUUCCCGAUCUGUAGGUAAUGUGUGCGUUUUAAUAUAUUUGAAAGAGAGAAAUGAAAGAAGAAUAUCAUGCAUUACGCUUGUUACCCAAUAACUCACUGCGUUUCAGAGAAUAAUAAGUUUUGACAUUCUGUUUGAAAUGUAGAGUGAAAUGAUUUUAUUCGUAUUAAUCCAUCAAAUAAAGGUUUCAAUAUCUCGAAAGAUAAAUUAUAUAGCUGGUCAGAUAAGAAUUAUAUGUAGUUUAGAGAAAGAAAAGUUACAAUGACGUUUUCGUAUAAUGCAAACUAAGAUACAAACGUUACACUCUUCUAUUCUUCCCAUAAUUUCAUUCUUUAAAUCUUAUUGAAUCCAAAAAGAUUCUAAUAUGAUAAUUUUUGAAUUUAUCAUAGAUAUCAAAAUCUAGUAUGUAUCAGAGACCGAAACGGGGCGGGUACCCGAGGCGGGGAUCAUUUUUUCUCUGUCGGGGAGGGGCCGGUAAAGAUUUUGACGGGGCAGACUUGGGUAGAGCGAGGCGAGACGGGGAGAUGUUACGGCGGAGACGAAGCGGAGAGGGACCCAGGUUAAAUCCCCGAAAUUUCCCCGUGAGAAAGCUUCACAACAUAAAUAUUCAUAUAUAAACCAAAGAUAGAAUCAAUUCUUUUUGAAUCUAUUUGUCAAUUAACUCGAUAGAGUUUAAAUAGAUUUCCAGACAUGUAAAACUAGAGAAUUAAAAGAGAGAAUAUUUUCAAGUGUAUAUAUAUAUAUAUCAGAAAUAGAUAAAACAUGAAGUAUGACGAACGAGUUGUAAUAAAACUUCUAUAGUUUUAUCUAUUCUUAGUGUAGCUUUAAAAAUUUCUUUUCAGAUUUCGUUUGAUUCGGUUUCAAAGAUUUCAAUUUCAGUUCAAGUCAAAUAUUAGAAAACAUGAAGGUGUGGGUGUGGGUGUGGAUGGGUGUGGGUGAGGGUGUGGAUGUGGGUGAGGGUGUGGGUGUGGGUGUGUGUACUGAAUCUUCUAUGACACACCCACACCAACCCACAUCCACCCACACCCACACCAAAAUCAAUUGUUAAAUUUCCACAUUCAAACAUAUCAUUUAAUCCUUUACAUUAUUUAUCCUUAAUACAUCAAUGUACAUUUCAUAUAUUAACAAAUUCAUGUUCCGUAUUAUGGAAUAAAUCAUAUUUAUUAAAAGAUCAUACAAUUGAAAUAAUUAAUAAUAUAUUAUCAAUAUUUUGUCAUAUAUUACAUGAUGAAUCCGAAAUUGAGAAAAACCUUCAAGAUGAACAACAACAACAGUUAAAUGAAGAACUUAUACAAUCAUCAAUAACAAAUAUGAGUGUUUCAUGUGAACAUGCUAUUGAAAGUUUAUUAAAAACAAAUCAUAAUCUUGAAUUACUUGUUGAUUAUUGCUUUACUCAUCCACAUACUGACACAACAAAAAUAACAAAUAAUCAAACAUUAAUUGAUAAUUUAAAUCAACAAAAAUCUUUAGUAAUUAUUAAAUCAUUAUCAAAAGAAUCUGUUGAUCAGUGUACAAAUAAUAUUAUAUUAAAAAUUCUUGAUAUAUUACCUAAUAUUGUUUAUAAAAUAUGUGAACUUAUUGUAAUAACAAUACAUCGUAAUGAUAAAAAUCUUUUAAAUCAAUACAAUGAACAAUUAAUAUUAAAUUUUUUAAAUGAUCAUCAAAAUUCUAUUUUAUUUAGUCGAACAUUAUUAAUGUCAUUAUUAUUUAAAGAAAUACCAUUUCCAUGUGCACGUAUAACUGAAAAAUUUUCAUUAAUUCAUUAUUUUUCUAUAUUAAUACAUCGCUUACAAAUAAAUGAAGAUACACAUAAUAAACAACCAAUUAUGUUUACAUUUGAUAAACCGAUAAUAAACAAAAAUACAGAUAAAUUAACAUUAAUACUACCAACAUUAUCAAAUACAAAUGAUAAUCAUCAUCAACAAUAUGAACAUGGAAUAUUAUUGAUUGAAUCUUUAUCUGAUGAAAAUGCAUUAAUAUUAAUAAGUGAUUGUGUUAAUUUAAUACGUAUGCCAGUUGAUCCUGAUACUAUACAUGCAUUAUUACGUUUUAUCUUACGUUUAACACGUCAUUAA